AUGAACAGAUCCAAAGCUCCAUCCACCGCUGCCGCCGCCUCCGCGCCCGCCCAAGCCGAUGAUCGUCCUCGCGUUGGUACUUGCGUAAUCACUCUCAAUGAGGAUGGCAAAGUUCUCCUUUUGAAGCGCAAAGGCAGCCACGGAGAUGGGACGUGGGGAACGCCGGGAAGUCUGAUAGACUCUGGGGAGGACCAUCUGGCCAGUGCGGUGCGCGAAAUGAAGAAAGCAACUGGCUUAAUCGUUGCAAAUGCUAAACUCUUGGACGCCACUCAUGAUGUGUUUGUAUCUUCUCCUGACAAAAAGGAAUACAUCUCCCUAUGGAUUACUGCCACCAUGACAGAUCCCAAGGCGAAGCCAAUUAUCAUGGAGCCCGACAAUUACACUGCAAUGGCGUGGAAAUCGAAACGCGAAAUAAUCGGGAUGUAUAGAACCAACCCCAACGACCUGUUUUUGCCUUUGCGCCACCUUAUUGGACAAAGGGCAAAUUGUCGGAUGUACGUUUUGCUAAGCAUAUUACGGCUUUACGGACUAAGCAAAGUCAUUACGUUCGAAGCCAACUACCGCCAUGCUACUUGGUGGUUCGAGGGAAUAGACUACGCGUUUGCUGAGAAGUCUCUGUUGCGAGUCCUACACUGUCGAACUCAACCACAUUUUGUGAUUCGCUUGGCGACCUAG